UAUUUAUCUACUACUUUUGGUACUUUUCUGGUAUUAUUUCGAUAGACCUUCAGCGAUUGAAACACAUAUCGAUUUAUCAAUCAUCGAUUUUUGUUCCAGCUCUAAUUUCGGGGAAACCCAGAAUCCAUCCUAGCAACGCCUGCUUAAUCGUGUUGACGGCCCAGAGUCCGCGAUUAAAACGAGAGCGAAGCGCAGCCAGCGGAAACAACGCCCACUUGGUCCCCAGCGAAGUGAAGUCCGAAAUCCGGCGAACCAAACCGAAGCAGCUACGUGUGUGGUUGGACGAACACACUGCAUUCCGAGCGCAUUUAGCCACCCACGAUGGCCGAGACCUACACCUUUGGCACCUCGCUGGCCUCCAUCACCUGCCACGCGUGGAACAAGGACCGUACCCAGAUUGCCUUAUCGCCCAACAACCAUGAGAUCCACAUAUACAGCCGGGAGGGCAGCGACUGGAAGCUGGCGGACGUGCUCAACCAGCACGAUCUGCGCGUCAUGGGCAUCGACUGGGCCAAGAAUACCAACCGGAUCGUGAGCUGUGCCGCCGACCGGAACGCCUAUGUCUGGACGCAGGGCGAGGAUGGCAAGUGGAAGCCGACGCUGGUGCUGCUGCGCAUCAACCGAGCGGCCACCUGCGUCAAGUGGUCGCCGGCGGAGAACAAGUUCGCCGUAGGAUCGGGCGCCCGAUUGAUCUCUGUGUGCUACUUCGAGUCGGAGAACGACUGGUGGGUGUCUAAGCACAUCAAGAAGCCGAUCCGCUCGACGGUCACGUCGCUGGACUGGCAUCCAAACAACGUCCUGCUGUUGGCCGGCUCGACGGAUUACAAGGUGCGCGUCUUCUCGGCCUUUAUCAAGGACAUUGAGGAGCCGCCCACGCCGACGCCGUGGGGCAACCGUAAGCCCCUUGGCCAGAUGAUGGCCGAGUUCCGGAACUCGCAGACCUCUGGCGGUGGUUGGAUCAACAGCGUGAGCUUCUCCAGCGACGGCAAUAAGGUUUGCUGGGUGGGCCACGACAGCUGUGUGAGCAUCGCGGACGCCACCAAUGGCAACACGGUCAUUCGCUGCCGCACCGGCUAUCUGCCCUUCCUGUCCUGCGAGUGGGUUUCGCCCACAUCCGUCGUCGUGGCCGGCUACAGCUGCGUGCCACUGCUGUAUAGCCUGACUGGCGACGGAAAGCUGGUGCUGAGUGGCAAACUAGACAAGUCGCAGAAGAAGGAGUCGAGCGGCAUCACCGCCAUGAGGAUCUUCCAGUCGAUGGACCGCAACAUGCGCACGGAGAACACGGACACGGUGGUCGACUCGAUCCACCAGAACGCCAUCACCAGCGUGCGGUUGUACGCCGGCGACAAGGACAGCGCCACCAAGGUGUCCACCUCAGGCGUCGACGGGCAGCUGGUCAUCUGGAACGUGGAGCAGGGCGGCAUCAACGGAGGCAUGCGCAAUCUGCAGAUCUAGUUCGGCCCGCAACGGUCCAGCGUUACGUGUUAUUGUCUGUUAGCGAGUGUGUUGGCCUGGCCAGGAGCGCAGUAUUUGCCAAAAUGUUUUCCAAAAUCGCUUUUCCCAUUGUUCUGUACCGUGCGAAAGCCUUUUUACAUAAAUUAACCGAAGAGAUUGUACUUUUCCCCCACUUCCAUAAUGGUUCCGAAAGUCUGUGUGUGUGUUUUAAAGUGUUUCACCUUUAUAGCAAACUGAAUAAAAUGUUUUUAUUCGCCAAAAUCAAA